UUGGAACUCAAAGGCCCGCGAGAAGUCCCCUCCGCAAAAUGAUUCUUGCUUUUGACCCUGCGUACCAGAGCCAGUUUGGUAAUGGUUUUGGUUUUAAGAGUCUCGAAAGAGGAUGUGUAGUGUACACCUGGCAUGGGAGUCUUACUGUCCUAAAUACAAUGAGGCUUUGUGCUCGAAGGCAGUAGGUUUUUUGAGGAAGGUGGGAGUCAAUCACUUUGACAAGUCUCCUGAAAGGAACAGCGGCAGGAGUUGAAACCUUUUUCCAUUUGGUCUCGUGGCAGAGGCAGAGAUUGCUCCAGCAGCUCCACACAAUAUGACGUGUUCACUAUUGCCCUCUGAACAGUCUUCUGGCACCUCUUUUUUGCCUGAAGAAAGGGCCUCAUGUCCUUGGGGUUCCUUUGAUGAAGAUGACUUGGAUGACUCCUUGUUGGAGUUUUCCGAUGGAGAAGAAGACGAUGGCCAUUUCAGUUUCACAGAGGAAGAGAUUGAGAUGCUGUUGAAGGAUGACGGUGGGCAUGAUGAGUGUAGAGACAGAAAGUGUCAGACCCUACCUGGUACUCCUCAAGAAAAUUCUUUGCGCAGCUUGGGACCAGCACCUGUGACCCCUGGCUUCUUCAAACUACCUCAAUUAAGUACAUCAAUUGGUCAUAGACCAACUCCUAGUAAAUCAUUGAACAGACACUUUGUACUUGAAAAGAAUCUUAUAAAAGUAACUGUUGUUGCACCAUUUAAUCCAACAGUUUGUGAUCCUGUGCUUGAUAAGAACAAGAUUGAUUCCUCCAAAGAUACGGAAAAACCUGCCUCCCUUGGGGAACAGACGAGAGAAGAUGACCUUCAUCCUAAUGAGAGUAAACGUUGCACUGAACCUGAAGGGGUCAGUCCCAAUAACUCUGCUUGGGAUGGGCCCCUGCUUUCUUCUCCUUCAAACAAUAACAUCGAACAAACUGCCUCUGAUAAAAAUAUAUCUGAAAGUAAGAAACCUACCCCUGUGUUCUCUCAGAUCUCCAACCAUUCAGAGGUACCUAACAGGGGAUCAUCAUGGAAAAAUAGUGGAUCACAUAAAUCAGGGUGUGAAGUGAGAAAUCCAGUUGUGUCCAGUUCAUCGAACAGACAUGCCUCUGACAAGGACCCUGGGGAGGUGAAAGCUGAGAGAAGACUGGGCAAAGUAAUUCCUGUCCUGCAGACCAGAACCAGGAUGUUUUCACAGUCAGAUCUAGAAAAAAAGAAGGACAUUUAUCUCAGCAAAGUCAUUGCUCAUAUAGAAGACCCAGGGGAAUCCAACCAAGGUCCCUUGGGAGAGCUAGAUACCCUGAUGGAUCAAGUGCAUAUGCAGAACCCAGACUGGCAGCAUCCUUCGGAUCUCACUACACGAAAUUAUGCCCGGUUCCGACAGAAACCUCUACAAAGAUACAGUCUGAGUCAGUGGGUUGACAGAAACAAGCGGAGCCACCACCGUUUCCAGCGUCUCCCAGACUUCUCUUACAGUCCUUAUGUUUCAUCCCAUCAACAGUGACAGUCCUUACCCAGGGUCCAGUCCAGAGUAGCAUCUUAUUUUCCUCUGCUAUUUUUGUUUGUAUAUUUUGAGUUUUAUUUUUCACAAGAUUUCUAUUUAAAGAAUUUGUCACCUUUUGGAAAUGUUUGAAAAUACCUGUUACUGUCUUAAUUUUUUUUUUUAAAUGAGAAUCUCCUGAUUUGUGUCUGUCUGUACAUGUUUCAACUUCAGCAAUGUAGUUUUUUUUGUUUUUUUUUUCUUCCUUUUUUUUUUAAUUUAAGAUGAAGGUAGCUCCCUUUUGAAGGCCUGCAUUAAGUCAGAACAUCCAGUCUUAAGUAAAAUACCAGCUCUAAGCACA